CAAGUUGCUUGAAAAGUCAAUAUCCGAACAGUUGGACAUAAGACAGAGUCCUCGUAGUUACAAAAUUUAAAAAAAUUGUUUAAAUUCGUAAAAAAUAUGAAAUCCUAUUUCAUUUGUUUGGUUGUAUGUGCGGUGUUCACAUCUUACGUUGAGUGCGAUUUGGAGAAGUUCAAAGCCGUAGCUGAAGAAUGCAAGGAAGAAGUUGGCGCCACAGACGAGGACGUUGAAACUAUGAUCAAUCAUGAGCCAGCUGGUACACCGGAGGCAAAAUGCUUACACGCAUGCGCCAUGAAAAAAUUCGGCUUGAUGAAUGACGAUGGCAAACUCGACAAGGAAAGGGCCAUAGAAAUUUUGAAAAUUAUAAAAAGCGAUGAUGAGGAGCAACAGAACUUGGGCGUGGAAAUUGUGGAUGCUUGUGCGGAUAUCGACGUAAAUGAAGAUCAUUGUGAGGCGGCUGAGGAAUAUCGCACUUGCAUGCACGCGAAAGCUGCUGAAAAUGGUUUUACCUUGGGACGCGUUUGAAUUUUUUAAAUAAAUUACUGAACCCUCUUCAAAAUACUUGACGACGACCUUGGCUUUAAAAUUAUUUUUAAUUAAGUAAAAAGCAUUUUGUAAAUUUGGCUGUUCCUCUGUACUCUCU